GCAAAACACAGCAAGGCAUGCAAGAGGAAGUGUGUGUGAGAGAGAGAGAGGGAGGGAGGGUGAGCGAAAGCGGGCGUGUCCUCCUCUCCCUUUGCCACGCUCCGUGGGGAUUAGCUAUUUAAAGUUGCGCUGCUCCGCGCCACGGAAAGCCUCUCCACGCGGACAAGUGGGACCCUGCGGCGGGGACGCGCGUUUUUAACGGGACGGACACAGUUAUCCAAAUCAUCCAGUCCUCCCAGUGUGCCUCACCAGACGUCUCAGCCAUGGGUGUGAAGAUGCUGCAGUGUUUUCCUUUCUACAGGCGCUGUAAAGAGCGCUGCAGGAGCAGGCAGGGCCCCCCGCCGGCAGCCCCCCCCGAGGAGACGAAGCCCCGCCUUUGCUCCACAGCGUCCUGCGGCAGCGACAGCGAAGGGGCAGCAGGCCUCAGUCGGGGCUCCCAGAUAUAUUUCUCCACCAAGGCCCGGCUGUCCUUCAGGCACCAGCUGGACAGCAACAUCAACGCGGUGGACGCCACCUACUGAGGAGGAGGAGGGAGGGGUGUG